ACUGGGCUUCCGCUACCAUGGCUUCUCGAGGUGUCGUGGGCAUUUUCUUCCUCUCUGCUCUCCCCCUCUUGUGUCUGGAGCUCCGGCGUGGGAUCCCAGAUAUAGGAAUUAAAGAUUUCAUUUUGCUGUGUGGCCGGAUUUUCUUACUACUUGCUCUUCUUACUUUAAUUAUCUCUGUGACUACCUCAUGGCUUAACUCAUUUAAAUCUUCCCAAGUUUAUCUGAAAGAAGAAGAAGAAGAGAAGAAUGAGAAAAGGCAAAAACUUGUGAGAAAAAAGCAACAAGAGGCACAGGGUGAAAAGGCCAACAGAUACAUAGAGAAUGUUUUAAAACCUCACCAGGAAAUGAAAUUGAAAAAACUGGAGGAGCGCUUUUAUCAGAUGACGGGUGAAACCUGGAAGUUAAGCAGUGGUCACAAACUCGGGGGUGAUGAAGUUUCGGUGCUUGAAUGUGCAAGUCAGACAUCUUCUAAAGCAUCAAACAGAGAAGUAGCAAAGAGACAGAACUUGCCUAAGCCUUUAACUGGAGUGUCUGCUCAACAGCCUGCGUGGAAGGAGGUUUUUGAUUUACCUGAAGAACCAUCUGAAACAGCCAAAGAAGUAGUUACUGUUGCUCUCCGAUGUCCCAGUGGGCGUGUCCUGAGGAGAAGGUUUUUUAAGUCUUGCAGUUCUCAGGUCCUACUGGACUGGAUGAUGCGACUUGGGUACCAGACGUCCCUUUACAGCCUUUCUACUUCCUUCCCCAGAAGGCCUCUGGCAGUGGCGAGAGGCUCGUCACUGGGGGACGUGGGGAUUACUGUGGACACGGUGCUCAACGUGGAAGAGAAAGAGCAGAGCAACUAGGAGAGUAACGAGAACCACGUGUUCCACAUAAAAUCAGUUAUGCCGUGACCUUACGGGACAAUAAAGGCUUCACAUUAAA